CGGAGCCAGCAGAGAGCGGGGCGAGGAUUCCCAGGCCGGCCGCUCCACCGCGCCCUCCUUUGCGCUCUCCUGUUUGCGCUUUUACGCACCAGCCGGGCCGCCUUGGCACCCAACAGCCGCUGCCCGGCCGGGCCCUGCAGCGGGGGCCCCUGAGCCACUGAGCCGGGGGAAGAGCCCGCUUGGAGCCGCCGCCCCGGGGAAGCCCGCCCCGGAGCUCCUGCCCGUCCGAAUGGGCCACUAAGCGGGGUCUCUUUCCUUUCCCUCUCCGGCUCUGGAAAGGCUUCCUCUGCGCCCCGUUUCUUGCAGCCGCUUUUGCAAAAGGGGGUCCUCGACUUGCAACAGGCUUGCUUUGCGGAAUCGGUUGGCCCACAAGAUAGAUAUAUAUAGGGGAGGAGCUUGGAUUUCUCCAAAGUGAAGACAACACAGCUACAGGAGCCAUGUCGAAGAAGCCUUUAAACAUCCCUCUGGAAAACGGAAAGUCGGAGAAGACCGAAGUGGAGAAUGGACACCCCAACCUGAUGCCACCCACCCUCAGCACCUCCAGUGUGGAAGAGAUGGUCCAACAGAUGAAAGAACUCAUCACGGAGAACAACGAGCUUAAAGAAGCCAUGAGGCAACGGAACCAAGCCAUGAAGGACCGUUUCGAGGAGCUUUCCGCCUGGAAGGAGAAAUUGAAAGACGAACGGGAAUUUUACGAAUCGAAAUUCAAGGAAGCCCGGCAGUGUUUGGCAGCCAAGUGUCUGGAGAAUGAAAGCCUCCACCAGAAGCUCCAAAGCCUGGAAGAAAAAGAAGAAAGGAGCACCACGGAGAGUCCCGUUUUGAGGAAGGAGAUGACCCAAGAGGUGGAACAACUGAAGGCUCAGGUGGCCAAGCUGCAGGCCGAAAAGGCGGACCUGGUAGCCAUCAUCUCGGAGCUGCAGCUGAAGCUCAACGCGGCCGCGGCCGAAGACUCCUUCGUCGAGAUCAGAAUGCAUGAAGGAGAAGCGGAGGGGUCUGUGAAAGGACAUCAGGAUGCAGACGUGAAAAGAAUAAACGGGAACGCAGCUAUGUACGUCCGGAAUAAAUCUGUGGACGAAGCCAGGAAAUACUUGGAAAAAGAAGAAUUAACCGUCAGCCAGCUUCUGCAUUCCCUCAGGACCGAAACUCAGAAGCGAGAAGCCCUGGAAAAUAAGAUGCAGGAACUGAAGGACAAGUGUCAACAGCUGUUGAGUUUGAAAAAGAAAACAAACGACAAAGGCACUCAAACGGAACCAGAAACCAACAAGAAAGAAGAGAGAAGUGAAAGUGUGGGCAGCGAAGUGGAAGUGCUGAACCUGCAAGUCUCUGCCCUUUUCAGAGAGCUCCAGGAGACCCACGCCAAGUUAAAAGAAGCCGAAGUAAUUCAGAAAAAGCUGCACGAAAAGUGUCAGAUUCUCGAAAAGGAACAGCCCGCCAGCGUUGGAGACUUGGAUGAGAAGCAACAAUUGUUGUACACCAUUAAGAAGCUGGAGUUGCAGGUGGAGAGCAUGCAGUCCGAAAUCAAGCUCGAACAGGCGAAAACCAACGACGAGAAAGCCAAAUUUCAUAGCCUCCAGGACGCCUACGGCAAGCUGGCAAAGGAACUGAACGAGGCUUUGCAGACCGUUGAAGAAUUAAAGGGCCAAGAGGGGCAAAGGGCCAACCAGGCGACGUUAGACGAAUUAAUUCACAAACUGGAUCUUGCCGAAAAGGCCCUGGCUGCCAAGCAGUUGCAGAUCGACAAAAUGAAGCAAACGCUUGUGAAGCAAGAAGAAGAGCUGGAGACGAUGGCUAUCCUGCGAGCUCAGAUGGAGGUCUACUGCUCCGAUUUCCACGCGGAAAGAGAGGCGAGAGAGAAGAUCCACGAGGAAAAAGAACAACUAGCCACACAAUUGGCGUACUUCUUGGCUGAAAACCAAGAACGUGGAGAUCUUGGCAGGUGCUCCUUGGCAGAAAUGCAAACUCGGCACGGAAGCAGGCUGUCCUCAGAUCAAGGAGCUGAAGACCAGAAUCAGCAACAGCAACCAAGAGAUAUUCCUAUACAUUCUUGUCCAAAAUGUGGUAUAAUUCUUCCGGAUAUAGAUACGCUUCAAAUUCACGUUAUGGACUGUAUCAUCUAAACACUUUUCUCAGAAAUGCUCAGAAACCUGCACUUUGUAAAAAAAAUAUAUGUUUCCAUAUGCACCUUGGUUUAGGAAGCGUUGGAGACCAUAACAGCUUCUUCCUAAGGAUUCCCUAGGGAGGUUUAGGAUUUACCGUAGUUAGGCAUUCAAAAUUGACCUUACAAAAACUAUAACGUACAUCCGUACAAUCUCUUUUCCACCUAGCUGAAGCUAAAAUAUGUCAGCUGCGUAAUCGCUAGGAACAACACAUUUUAAAAGACGACAAUGUGGGGAUUAUUUAACGCAGCUUGUUCAGUAGGAAGAGUGCAGACUGGAAGUCUUACAGAGGCAGCUUCAAAGUUGCAUAUUUAUAUUUAAUCGCAUAUUUUAAAAGGGUUUAAGAAAGAUUUUGGAGGUUGAACCCUUUCUGUAGCUGUUUUGACCGGAACGAUUCAUUUUAUAGUCGGAAGGCAUCCGUUAAAACUCAAACGAUUCUGAUGAAAUGAGAAGAGGACUUUGGAGGAUUUAAACUUUUCACCCUCAACAUUUUUGUGUGGCCCUCUGUGUGGUACUGAAUAACAGAGGUAAAUCACAUGGUGAAAUACAUUGACCAACAGGUAAAAUAAAAGUAUAUUGAUUGCCAAUUGAGAAAACAUUCACACUGGGAUGUAUGUGAUUCUACUCUAAAAUAGUCUGAAAGCCGUCGCUGCUAUUCGUGGCGUAUCUGUAAAUGAUAAAAGACAGCGAGAGCAAUAAUAAGAAUGCUGAUUUUUACUUUUGAUUCAUUCGAUUCUUGCUUAAAUUGUGAUUAUUUCAGUGUGGAUCAAAACAGAUCACGAAUUACUUAACUGAUGAAACAGUGCAGGAGUCACUUAGUGGUGUAAUUAAAUAAUAUAUUUUAAAUGUUUAUUUUAAAGCUUAAUUUUGUACCUCUGAUUGUUCCAUAAGUACCUUAUUAAUACAAAGUUUACAGCAAAGCUAGGAAACCAUUGAAGGAUAAUAUUUGUGUGGGUCACACUCGCUCACCUGAGUUUUUACAGUGAGUGGUCUUGUUUAAGCUAAAUGAAGAUUAAAUUAAUUAACUGCCCAAUAAAUACUUUGUUGGUCCUUACGUUUGAAAUUUCUGUUUAAAGAAUCGUCUGGAUGUUAUACUUGAAAAAAAAAAAGACUUAAUGGCACAAGUGAUAAACGAAUUGUAUGAAUGAAAGAAAACAAUAAAGCCAUGUUCUGAAAUA